GCGUUGAUUGAACUUAAGUCCAUGCGUAGCAUAACCUUAAAUUACACCGGAUGACAUGUGCUCAUGUGUAUUGAGGGAGCGGAAAGUAAAACGGCGUCGACAUGUCAUCCGCAAUGGACGAUACGGUGAAGCACAAGAGUCACAGGGACCGCAAUGCCGGUCGUAAGGCGGGGAAGAAGAGGGCCAAGAAGGAGCAUGUUCAGGAAUUGUCGGACAAGCAAAAGAAUCCGAAGGCGUUCACCUUCCAUUCCGCGACCAAAGCGGAGAGACGGUUCAGACGGAGGCAGGACAUCGAGACCAAGAGGCAGCACAUCCCUCUGGUCGACAGAACGCCCUUGGAGCCGCCGCCGAUCCUGGUGGCCGUGGUGGGCCCGCCGAAGGUGGGCAAGUCGCUGGUCAUUCAGUGCCUGAUCAAGAGCUACGUGAAGCAGCCGUUGACCAACAUACUCGGCCCGGUCACCGUCGUGUCGGGCAAGAAGCGCAGGAUCACCUUCAUGGAGUGCAAAAACGACGUGAACAGCAUGAUCGACCUGGCCAAGGUGGCGGACUUGGUGCUGCUGCUGGUGGACGCCUCCUUCGGCUUCGAGAUGGAGAUAUUCGAGUUUCUCAACAUAUGCCAGGUGCACGGUAUGCCCAGGAUCAUGGGGGUCCUCACUCAUCUGGAUCUCAUAAAGAACGCGCGGCAAAUGCGGAAGACCAAGAAGACGCUGAAGCAUCGCUUCUGGACGGAGGUGUACGCCGGCGCGAAAUUGUUCUACCUCUCGGGAUUGCUGCACGAGGAGUACCUGCGCACGGAGAUAAAGAAUCUGGCGCGGUUCAUAUCGGUCAUGAAGUUCAGGCCCCUGACUUGGCGCACCACUCAUCCGUACCUGCUCACUGAUAGACUGGAAGACCUGACACCACCGGAGCUCAUCAGGAAGAAUCCAAAGGUUGACAGAAAUAUUAGCUUGUAUGGAUACGUCAGAGGAAUACCUCUGAACAAGGAGACGUCCGUUCAUAUACCCGGCUGUGGAGACAUGAAGAUCAAGGACGUGAACUUCUUGCCAGAUCCUUGCCCGCUUCCGGAGCACAUUAAGAAGCGAGCCCUCGUGGAGAAGGAACGGCUGAUUUAUGCGCCGUUUUCCGGUGUCGGCGGCAUAGUCUACGACAAGGACGCCGUUUACGUGGAACUGGCCGGCAGCCAUUCGUUCAAGGAAGAGGACACGGGUUUGGCUGGCGCUUUAAUGGAUACACAGGAGACGCUGGACCAAAAACUGCAGCACAGCGAGUUGAAACUGUUCAGCGAUGCCGUGCCGAUAAAGUCGCAGGAUGUGAAUGAGAGUAUGGCUCCUUAUACGGGCGAAAUGGUGACUGAAAACGGAAGAAUCCGACGAAGAGUGAUAUUUAAAGACGAAGCGGACGUAGAAAGUGCCUUGAAUAAAGAUGAUGACGAUAAUCCGGUAAAACAUGAAGAUGAAGAUGACGAAGACGAAGAUGACGAAGAUGAUUAUGACGGUGGUGAUAAUGAUAAUGACUUUAAAAUGGAUGAGAAGGAUGAUGAUGAAGAUGAAUGGAGUGACGUAGAGACUUCGAAAAAAUUUAAUGGAAAGGGCGUUAAAAGGAAAAACACUGAGGAAGGUAAUAUACAAAAGAAAAAGAGAGACUCGGUUAAUUCAAUUGUUGAGAAUGACGAUACAGAUCUCGAUGAGUCUGAAAUAAAGAGCGAUAAGAAUAUUGAUGUUCCUCAAGAAAAUGCAGGAGUGUAUCAUUCCUUAAGCAAAGAAUCGGAUAAACUGAUAAAAAAUAAGAUUUCAGAAGCAUUGAGUCUUUUGGAGGCAACAAAGAAAAACGUGAAGCAAGACAUUGAUGACGAGAGCUUCGACGAGCUCAGCGACGAGGACUCGCGCGCGGGAUUAGAGAUGGAUGAUGCAGAACGGUUCAGCGAUUUAGAAGAAGAUGCGUUCGAUGAAGGCGAACAAGGAGAAGAGGAAGAAGAUGAGAUGAACGAGAGCGAAGAGGAAGUCGCGGAUGAAUUUAAGUGGAAAAGAAAUUUAAUUGAAAAGGCGAGGGAAGCAUUUGUAGAUCGUCAGCAAAGCAACAAGAACUUGAUGAAGAUGAUUUAUGGAGUAUUCGACAAGAGUAACGUAAUGGAAGAGAAGGAGGAAGACGAGAAGCCGGGCGAGGAUAUCGGCGGAAUAUUUCGCGUCGCUCAAGAGCAGCAGAAGCAGAAGAUACAAGAGCGAGAGUUGCAGAAUCACGAGGAGUCCGUAUUCUUCACGAUGGAGAGCACGCGCGAUUGGCUGAUGGAGGAGAACAAGGCGUUGUUGAUCAAUCGUUUCGUGACGGGCAAGUGGAAGGAAUCGAAGGACGCCGAGGAGCUUUUGAAGCUGGACGACGAGGAUCUGUACGGCGACUUCGAGGACCUGGAGACCGGAGAAAAGCAUAAAGCGGAGGACGCGACUCCCAAGGAGUUGCCGGCGGACGAGGCGGAGGAAAAAAAGAAACUUUUGGAAAAGAAGAGGAAGCUGAAGGAGCAAUUCGACGCGGAGUACGACAAUACGGAAAAGAAAACGUACUAUGACGAGCUGAAGGCCGAGGUAGAGAGACAGGCGGGCAUCAACAAGUCCGAGUUCGAGGGGCUGGACGACGACGUCAGGGUACAAUUGGAGGGCUACCGUCCCGGCAUGUACGUGCGCGUGGAGAUCGAGGCGGUACCAUGCGAGCUGAUAACGCAUCUUGAUCCAACGUAUCCGAUCAUCAUCGGCGGCCUGUUGCACGGCGAGGAGAAUAUCGGCUACGUGCAGACGCGGAUCAAAAAGCAUCGAUGGUAUCCAAAGAUCCUGAAGAGUCGGGACCCGCUUAUAUUCUCCGUAGGCUGGCGUAGAUUCCAAUCGUUGCCGAUUUACUCUAAACUGGAGGACAAUUUGCGCCACCGGAUGCUGAAGUAUACGCCGAAGCACUUGGCGUGCAUGGGCCAUUUUUGGGGCCCGAUCACGCCGCAGGGCACCGGAAUUCUGGCGGUGCAGGACGUCGCGAGCAGAGAGUCGAGUUUCCGCAUCGCGGCGACCGGCUCGAUCGUGGAAUUGGACAAGAGCACGCAGGUGGUGAAGAAGCUCAAGCUCACCGGCGUGCCGAUGAAGAUCUAUCGCAAGACCGCAUUCAUCAAGGACAUGUUCAACAGCACCCUCGAGAUCGCCAAGUUUGAGGGUGCCCGGAUCAAGACGGUCUCGGGUAUUCGCGGUCAGAUCAAGAAGGCGGUCGCCAAGCCGGAGGGCUGCUUCCGCGCCACGUUCGAGGACAAGAUAAUGCUGAGUGACAUAGUGUUCUGCAGAACGUGGUACAAGAUCGAUGUACCGCGCUUCUACAACCCGGUAACGUCGCUGCUGCUACCGCCCGCGGAAAAGAGUCAGUGGCGCGGUAUGAAAACUACGGGUCAACUGAAGCGAGAAAGAAAUAUCCGCGCCGAAGCCAAUAAGGACUCAAUUUACACGCCGGUCAAACGAGACGUCAAAGUGUUCAGACCGCUGUCCAUCCCGCGUAAGUUGCAGAAGGAGCUCCCGUACAGGGACAAGCCCAAACUCGAGGCCGUGCCGCACCUGCGCAAGCCCAAGUUCAAGCAAGGCAGGGUCGCCGUGGUGCGCGAGCCCCAAGAAGAGAAAAUUGCGCGUAUAAUGAAGAUGAUCAGAACGAAUUACACGCAAAAGCAGAAGCAGGCGAAGGAGGUCAUGACGACGAGGAUAACGGCGUACCAGGCGCGAGUCGCAGAGGAGGAAGCCAGAAAGAUGAAGAAGCAAAAGCAAGUGAAGAAGGAAAUUUUUAGGGAUUUCAGUAAGCUGGAAAAGAAAAAGAGUCGGUGAGGCUUCCGAGAUAUGAAUAAAUUAAUAUUUCAAAACUGAGAAACUGUA